GGGGUGUUCAGGUUACAGUUGAAAGACGGUUUAGCCAGUUUGAAUGGUUAUACAAUCGUUUGGUCGUUAAAUUCGGUGCUUUAGUAUUGCCACCUCUUCCCGAAAAACAAUAUACUGGUCGUUUUAAUGAGGAAUUCAUAGAAAAGCGUCGUUCUGCGUUGGAAAGGUUUAUUAAUCGUUUAGCUCGUCAUCCAGUAAUUAGAUAUUCUGAUAUCUUAACUCAUUUCUUGAGUUGUAAUGAUGACUUAGAAUGGCGUAAGCAAGAAAAGGAAUUUGAUUCUGAUAAAAUUGUUG